AUGCACAAGAUAUCCAACUUUACGGGCCAGGCCCGUCAUGGUUGGGAACGAAUGACGCCGACUUUCGGGAUGUCUAGACCUCACACCGACAUGGCUUUUCGCCGACCACACGGUGCGCCGCCCAUGACACCGCCGACUAGUAUCGACCCUACAGUCAAUCUGUCCUUUAACGUCCCAUUCUCGUCAACUCUCGCCGGCCCCGAUGUCGAAGAUGUGCUCCACGCCAGUCCCGGCGCUCUCCAGCGCUGGACUUUCCCGGAAGGCACCCUAGAGGGCACAUCGGUGCACCAGCUUCCCGUUCACACCAACAAUGUUGAGGGUUUGCAGAGGUUAUGUCGGAAGAUAACGGAAGAGAAAGGAGGACGCGUGGAAGCUACGCUCACGACCUCCGAGGCCAAGGCUGUGCCAUCGCUACAACGCCGGCCGAACGGGUUGGUGACCAACGUCUGUGUGACAGGUGAUGGGGAGAUGGCACGAAAGAUGCGGGCGAGAAUCUUGAAUGAGACCCCGAUCAUGCUGCGAUGUGCGACCGUCGAUGUGGAUAUGCAUCUGAUUAUAGAUGGAUCACCGAAAGGAAUUAGAGCUAGCGUCCUCGAGCAUCUCGACACUUUGGCCGCCUACACCGGAGCGGACAUUUUCCUGCUGACUCCCAAGCUCCACGAUGCAGAUAGUGCGGUGGUUUCGUCCUAUGGCUAUGCGUCGGACAAUGGCUUGGACCAGCGCUUCCGGGUUGCCAUCUACGGCGACUUGGAGAGCUCGGAACAUGCCAAAACCCGGGUUUUGAUCAUGAUUGACCAAAUACUCAAACGCCAUGUGGAUGCUAUCAAAUUGGACUCGACUAUGCACACCUUGGUCUGUGGUCGCACCCGCAAGAACAUCAAGCUCAUCGAGGCUGCUACAGGCACCGCUAUUUAUUUCCCUCCGCCUUUCCCCCAAAUUUUCGGCUAUAUCCCCCCCGGUGCGAACCGUCGAAGUGAGGAUGAGGUUUAUAUUACGGGCGAGACCCCGGAACAGAUUGCUCGCGCCAAGCAGAAGCUACGAGAACUGGUGAUGGGGGUGAAGAUUUUUGUCAAGGAUGUGGUUGUCAGCUCGAGCAAGAUCGACAACAUCUUGCUCGAUCGUUUGGAUAAGGUCCGGAAGGUGAUGGAAAUGAAUGGGUCUUAUGUUCUUUUCCCGCAACUGGGUAGCCAACGUGGCCUUGUUCGGAUUCAAGGCACCGAGGUGUUGCACGUUGAGCGGACAGUUCGGGAAAUCAUGGCUCUGGCUGGUCAAUUCUAUAGUGCCUCGUGGUGGAUCAUCAUGCCCGACCCGGCCCAAGGUGGUCUCCGUGCUCCCUCAACUGCCGAUAUUCGCUCCAUGCUAUCGGAUAUAUGUACCAACUCGGAAGCGGAGGUCAGCUUUGACAAUCUGACUUUCACGAUCAACGGUUCCGAUGAUGCAGUCAAGGCUGCUAUGACCGUCAUCAAUCAGAUUCCCUUCGUGAUGCGAAGCCAAUACCAGAUGCGGGUGAAGAUUGAGCUGGCCAACGAGCACAAGGAGUUUGUUAGUGGCAAGAAGAACGGAAAGAUCAACAAGAUCAUGGGGCAGAGUAAUGUCCAGAUCAUCUUCGAUGGGUUCAACGAGUAUAACUUCUAUAUCGACGUGUGCGGCAACCAGUAUGAGUCAACCAAGAAUGGCCUGGACUUGGUUGAGCAGGAGAUGCCUGCAUCGAUCUCGUUCCACGUGCCUGACCAGUAUCACAAGCGGAUCAUCGGAAUUGGUGGACAACAUAUCCAGCGCAUCAUGAAGAAAUACUCUGUCUUCGUGAAGUUCUCCAAUGCCAUGGACCGCGGCGGCAUGGGCAAGGAGGAUGACGACAUCAAGGUUGACAACGUGAUCUGUCGGACCCCUGCUCGCAACGCUCAAAGUCUGGACCUUGUCAAGCAGGAGAUUAUGGACAUGGUCGAGAAAGUUGAUGCCGAAUACGUCGCUGAGAGAGUCGUCAUCAAUCGCCUAUACCAUCGCGAGCUAUUGGCCCGUAUGGCUGAGAUCGAUGAACUGGAGAAGAAAUGGAACUGCAAGAUCGAGUUCCCAAGCACUGAACUUGCUAGUGACGUUGUCACCAUCUCCGGCCCUGAGUAUCAGGUCCCCCAAGCGGUCGACGCAUUGCUUGGCAUGGUGCCAGAGAGCCACGAGCUUCACUUCCAGAGCUCCAUCGAACUCCAGGACUACUUUAAGUGCUCUGACUUCCUUGCUGAUGUUCGGACCAAGCUCAAGGAACAGUACGAGGUCGAUAUCAACGUGGAUGUUGGUACCGAUCUCCCUACUACCCACGAGGAAGGCUCCUCGUCUCCCACUCCCGGGCCUGAAGACCGUGUGGUCCUCGGAUACACGCGCAACAACGCCGGUGGCUUAAAGGAUGCGAUUGACUUCCUGAUUUCCCGUCUUGUUGCGCAUGGACUCGACGCGAACACUGUGAAGGGUGCUAUCCCGCGCCCUAAAUCCGACUCGUUCGAAGAGUCGCUGCCCUUCUUCGACUCGAAGCUACUGCAGCACGCCCCAGCGCCCCUCUCGACCGACUCGCCCACCCGGCCGAACUUCUCCGAUGAGACCAGUGAACGAGGCUCGAUAUUCGAGCGCCUCCGUAAGCCCGGAAGCAUCUCGUCCUUCUCCUCGUUCAUUGGCCGCAAGAAUCACUCCGCCUCACCGGGAUCAUUCUUCAAACACGCCUCGAGCAACGCCUCCAAGGCCUCACUCGUCUCCAUGGAGUCGCGCGAUAGCGGCUAUCGCAACCCAUGGAACGACUCUGGCGUGAACCUCCCCGAAGACGAUGUGCCCGUCCUGGGGAGCUCGCACAGCCACAAGAGCAGUACCAGCAAUGGCUGGCCCACGCGCUUUGACGCUAAGUUCCCCUUCGGCACCGCGCCGGGUGACAUGACACCCAAGCAUGACCCGCGCACCUCUUUUGAUAGUGGUCGUCCUAGCACUUCCAAUUCUACUUCUGGAUACCCGGCCCCAAUUGGGCCACCGCGUUAA